AUGAACGCACCACCACAGCAGCAGGGACCACCUGCGCCCACCGCCGAGCAACUCGCCAUCACUGACGCUGGCUUCCAGCAGGUACCUCUGGCGCUUGAUCCUGAAACACAGACUCUCCACACACCCGUACCCGAUCUGGACCUGACAGUGCUCAAUGCACUGAUUCGCUCGAUCCAAGGCCUGCCACCCAACGUAGCCUUCCCGCCCCCACCCAACGCCAUCGCUCCGCAACGCAGUAUGGCGAUCAACCAAGCCAAAGAACAGGGCAACACGGCGUACCGAAACAAGGACUGGGCGGAAGCUGUCAAGAUGUACACGCUCGCCAUCGACGUAGCCGCCUCGCGCCCGCUGUGGGAAGCCAACCAGGUGGCGAGAGACGAGCUGAGCUUGUGCUUGGCUAACAGAUCGGCGGCCUUUGCGAGCUGCGAAGACUGGAUCGGCGCGCUUUGCGAUGCAGAGGCCGUGACCAAGUUGAAAAAGCCCUGGGCCAAGGGACAUUACCGUAAAGGCAAAGCAUUGGUCGGGUUGGAGAGGUGGAAGGAGGCCAGAGAGGCGUUUGAGCUGGGUCUGCAGUUUGACCCGGACAACAAGGAUCUGAAACAGGCGUUGGAAGAGUUGCCUUCGAACAAGAAUCAGCUUUGA